AUGCGGGUAAUCGUGCUCGCUCGCGAGUACCCCUGCCCCCGGGCAGAACACACGGGACCCACGCGGUCCACGGGCAGAGGCGGCGAAGCAGCCACACGAGGCAAGAAAAUCCGGCCGCCGGGUACUCGUGCCGCACACGAGUACCCCCACGACCAGAAAAAACACAUGGGACUGCUGGAAAAGAACUCCACGGUCCCUGAGCUCUGGGGCUCGAAGGAGGCAGAUGUAGUCAGCCUCCUGAAGCCGCCUGAGCGGCACACACACUGCCAGGCAAAGGCGGAAGAUACAUAG